CCAACACGCCCCUCCCCCCGGAAGCGGACCGCCGGCGUCCGGAAGGCGUGGCCGCGACGCGGCGUGCGUCCCGUCCCCGUCGCGCGCUGAUUGGCCGCGCGCGCCAACCGUCGGUAUUUGAAUCGGCGGCGGGCGAACGGGCUCCCGGAUUCCGCGUCUCCCGCUCCCUCUGUUUCGCGUGGCCGCCAGCAGAAUGAGUCUGCAGAUCUACAAUGAUGAAAACGUCACUGGUGACAGAAGUGCAGAGAACUGUGAGUUCCUGUUUUCACCACCGGAACUUACUGGAAGACUAUCUGUUCUUCGUCUGUCACAGAAAGAAAAUGUGCCACCCAAGAGCGUACUCAAAGCUAUGAAAGUGACUUUCCAGACUCCUCUGCGGGACCCACAGACACACCGGAUAUUAAGUCCUAGCAUGAGCAGCAAGCUCGAGGCUCCUUUUGCUCUGGAGGAUACUGUUGGCUUAGAAAACUCUCCUCAAAACCGGACCCAGAAAGAGAACCAACAGUUCGCCAAGGAAGUGGACACCAAAAUGACCAAUGGAAUUCUCCACAAACCAAUGAUGGCCAAUGCCAUCCCCGCUCCAGCAGAUGUGAGACCAACCCCUGAAGAUUGGCAGCAUUCCAGUGGGCCCACCUCAGCUCACCUGGCCAGUAUGGAUCCCUCAAGCUUUCCCCAGAUGCCAAAACGUCCUGAAAAUCAAGUGGCUUCUCUAGGACAAAUGACUGUGAGCCCCAAGCAAGCCUUGGAGGAAAGUGUUCAUUCUUAUUUCUCAGAAAAGAGUAUUCCCUCCACCUUGGAAAUCAUAGAAGACCCUUCCCAGACGGCUACCCCAGACCGAACAGAAGACCCUCCCGAAACCAUCAGAGAAAGCCCAAACUGGGUCCCUGCUUCCUCAGCUAGGGCUGCUUUGCCCCCUACAACUUGCCCUGCAGGAGCAGGUGGAGAAGGGCCCCCUGUAGACCUUCCUGGUGGGGCCCCGGCCUUCCCUGAAGAGCCCUCUGGUCCUGGGGAUGCCACACUGGCCAGCCGUCUGAAGGCUGAAGGGGCCACAGCCCCAAGUCCUCAGAAGAAAGAAGCUGAUGGCCAGAGAGCCACCUCAUGGAAUGGCAGGCCCAUAGAGCUAGAAUUUGAUUUCUCCGAUAAUGCUACCAGCAAAACAUUGCCCGCACUGAGGGAAUUGGGGACAAGACCUAGCCUUAAACCUCCCUCUGGGAUGUCAGAGCCGCAGCAGGAAAAGGCCCCUGAGGAGGCCAGUGAGGGGCCCAUUCCCCUGCCCCGGAGGUCUUACAGCCUGGACUGGAACAAGCUGGAUGACCCAAACUUUAACCCAUUUGAAGAUGGAGGAGAGGCCCAGCCCUCAGAAUGCCCACAGAGCAGGCCAGCCGGGCCUGUGGCCAAGGAGAUAUUUGCUAGUCCCGAGGCCACGGGGCCCUCCUCUCCAAGCCUGCAGGUGCCUUCAUUCUCCUCGGAUGACACGCCUGGGGUGCAGACCGCAGCCAGGACCCCAGGCACAGCAGGCGAGGAGGGAGCUGCGGACCCUGCAGGUGCACCAGCCCCCAGGGGCAGCCUGGGCGGUGAGCCGGCGCCCCCAACUCCUCCACGGGGCCUGGAGCCCACUGCUGAGCUGGCUGAGGAGCAGUUCCGAGACCCCACUGAGGUUCUAGGCUCAGGAGCUGAGGUGGAUUAUCUGGAGCAGUUUGGGGGUUCCUCGUUUAAGGAGUCAGCCCUGAGAAAACAGUCCUUGUACCUCAAGUUUGACCCGCUCCUGAAGGACAGCCCUCAGAGACCAGGGCCUGUGGCUCCAGAGACCAGCAGUGCACAGGAUGUGGCCGUGCCUUCCUCAGGAAGCUUGCCAGAGGCGAAGCUCGUGGAACUUGACUUCCUGGGACCCCCAGAUGCUCCCGUGCUGGAUCCUCCUCCCUGUGUCUUUGGGCCUGGGGGGCCACCGCUGUCCAUGGGCUCCAUCGUGGACGUGCUGCAGUACAGCCAGAAGGACCUGGAUGCAGCGGUGGAGACCACACGUGAGGAGAAUGUGCUGCUGAGGAGCCGGUGUGAGACGCUGUGCGCCAGGAACCUGGAGAUGGGGAAGAUCAUGGACGGCUUUGAGGGGAUCGUGUACCAGGCGAUGGAGGAGGCUCAGAAGCAGAAGGAACUUGCAAAAGCAGAGAUCCAGAAGAUCCUAAAGGAAAAAGAGCAGCUGACUGCAGACCUGAGCUCCAUGGAAAAGUCUUUCUCUGACCUCUUCAAACGGUUUGAGAAACAGAAGGAGGUGAUCGAGGGUUACCGCAAGGUAGGUGGUGCCAAGUGGGCCUGUGCCUGUCCUCCCACACGGCGUCCCCGGGGCAUCGUGUUCAGCCACGGAGCCAGCCUGCCCCAUGGCCUCACCUUGCUGAGGGCCGGAAGCUGCUCACUUGCCAGGCAGACCACCUGGGCAGCCCCCUGGCUGUGCCCUUCCCUUGCCAGCGGACCCAGGCUUGGCGGAGGUUACUAUUUGUCCGGGGACUUGAGCAGAGGGGCCAUGGGGCCUAGACUGGAGACAGAGCCCCAGCAGGCUGAGUGGGUGCCUAGGAUGCUCACUGGCUGCCUCCUGGAGGAGGACUUGGGCCCCUUGGACCUCAGUGGCCCCACUGCAUGGGGCCUACGGGCUGCCCAGCAUUCUGGGCACACAACCGGGCAGGGCUCUCCCGUGGCCGACCCUUUCUUUCUCUGCAAGAGGAGUCACCUGCAGGAGCUGGUCCCCUUCCAGAGGGCAUCGGGACAUGCAUGCAUGGCAUGCAGUGAUCACACGCACAGCUGCUGAGACAGGCCUGUGUUGGGGGUGGGGGCGGGGGGCCUAGAAAGUGUCACCUGAUGUGUGGAAGAAGGAAGCACAGGGGCAAAGCUCAAAGGUGGGGCCUGUUGCCAUGAAGGAUGAGGGUUCAGGGGGCCCUGGAAGGCCCAGGGGCAGUGGGGGCACCACAUCGGGGCCUCAAUCUCCAGCCUUCCCCCUGCCCCUCAAGUAUUGGCUUUGUCAUGGUCUGAAACCAGACCCAGACUCAGCUGCAAAGCUGGGCCCAAACAGCCCUGAGGUGGAUGGCCCCAGCCCCAUGUCCAGAUAUGCCCUCCUGUGGUCAGCAGUACCUGCCAGAAGCAUGGGGCCACGGCAGCUGUGAGGGGCCAGGGGUCCGUUCUCACACCUGGCGGGGGGGGGGGGGACAGGUAGGUGUCCAGCUGUGUCCCCGUGGCUUGAUUAACACCCCCAGAAACCCUUGAUGGUGGGCCUGUCCACACCUGUCCAAAAAGCGAGGCCUGGGGGGCUCCAACAGAGGACACACCGCGCAGUUCACAUCUGCGCGUUCUCUAAAGAAUGAAGAGUCGCUGAAGAAGUGUGUGGAGGGUUACAUUGCAAGGAUAGAGAAGGAGGGCCAGCGGUA